AGUACUACGCGAGGAGAGCUAAAGGACACAUCACCCUCUGGACUGCUGGCCGCACGUCGGGACUCCCUUCGCCUGUUGGCGACUGCCAGGAACGACGUUUGCCAUCCUGUCAAUCUUCUUGGGGGAAGCGUUGGGUUUUUUUUAAAAAAGAAAAAUAGCUGCAUUUUUUUUUCCUCAUCUCCCCCCCUCUCCCCUUAAAUGCCAGGAGGAGUGGCUGCCGGUCGGGAUCUUUUUUCUCCGUUGCUUUGGGGGUAAUUUAAAGUUUGGCGGGGUGUUUCUUUGCCUCACCCCCCCCCUUUCCAGACUCGCCCGCAUUCCGGGGGUCGAGAAACACAGAAAGUUCAGGCAGAGCUUUUUGCUAGAGAAAACUCGUUUUCGUCAAGGCGGGAGUAAAACUCUGGGAGUCGCUGUGCCGGAGCUCGGUGCGGUGACUGUCGCCUCCCCUUCGGCAGCAAAUAAACAGGCAGGUUUUCACUCAUUUGGUACAUGCUGGUGGGACACGCGUAAAGAGAUUAUCCAGGAAUGGUGGAUCACUUGCUUCCUGCGGAUGAAUCUUUCUCAUCCACCAGGCCCUCAAUUGGAUACUUUGGGGACAUGACAGCUGUUGGGAGGUCAUACCAAAUGCUGCCUUCCCCAGUGUCUGAAGAUGACAGCGAUUCCUCAAGUUUUUGUUCUUGUUCGAGCCCAGAUUCACAGGUUCUAGGCUCCAGCUAUGGGAGUUCAUCAAGUGCUGAGAAUCAGGACAGUAUCUUAGACUACUUGCUGUCCCAGGCAUCUCUGGGGAAUGGCCAUGCUUCUUGGUGGGAUAAAAGGAGACUUCAGCCCAUUGUGAAGGAGGAGAAUUUUAGAAUUCCAGAGUUCACAGUGGAGAUGGAAGAUUCCGGACCAUUCCAGCCUACCCUUGAGGAGAUAGAGGAGUUUUUGGAAGAAAACAUGGAGCUUGAUCUCAAAGAAGGACCUAAGAGUGAGACCAAAGACAUGAGAGCUUGCAGCCAAAUCACUGUAGCUUCCAUACAGCAAAAAGACCAGAUGGUACCAAGUGUUACUUUAAAAGACAGUAAAAAUGAACAAUCAGAUGGUGCAAUGGAAGGCAGCCAUACAUCUAACGGAGCAGUGUCCCUUGAUGGAGGGAUACCAGUCAUGCUCCAGAUCCAGCCAGUUCAGGUUAAGCAACCGUCAGAUGUGAGCCCUAGUUCACAAGGAUCAGUGCAAGAAAACAUUAAAAUUGCACAGCUCUUGGUCAACAUCCAAGGGCAAACUUUUGCACUGGUGCCACAACUUGUUCAAUCAUCCAACUUGAACUCAUCUUCCAAAUUUGUCCGCAUAGCUCCAGUUCCGAUAGCUGCAAAACCUAUUGGUCCAGGAGGUACAAUCCAGGGUCAAACUGGAGUCAUCAUGGGUCAAAAGUUUCAAAAGAAUCCUGCAGCAGAACUCAUUAAAAUGCACAAAUGUACUUUUCCUGGAUGUACCAAGAUGUACACUAAAAGCAGCCAUUUGAAAGCCCAUCUAAGAAGGCACACAGGGGAAAAACCAUUUGCAUGUACUUGGCCUGGCUGUGGAUGGAGGUUCUCACGAUCAGAUGAACUUUCUCGACAUCGACGUUCCCACUCUGGCGUGAAACCGUAUCAGUGCCCUGUGUGUGAGAAGAAGUUUGCACGGAGUGACCACCUGUCCAAGCAUGUCAAAGUCCAUCGAUUUCCACGAAGCAGCCGCUCAGUGCGCUCAGUCAAUUGAUGUGUCCGGUCCAGUCCUUCCCACCAUGCCUCUAAGAACUGCCAGAAGCAGUAUUUGUUCCUUUCUGGUGAUAAUUUAUUUCUCUCCAUGUAACUGCUGCCAUUAGGACAUCACAUGUGCCUUCCCCCUCCCCCAUCAUUCACCAACUUUGCUUUUUCCCCCCUAAUUCUUUUUGUUGCUGCCGCUGCUGCUUCUUUUUGAGAAUUACAGCAUUUCAUUUUCAGUCAAUUGAGCUCCAACAUCAUGAUAAUAUAUGGGCAACUUGCUGCUAGUUAAUUACAGUUCUGGCAUUCCUGAGCACUUUUGCUCAUGUACAGGGCUAUUCAUCAUGAGGUUUUUGUUUUUUUUAAAAAAAAAUGCAUUAUUAAUAUUAUUAAGUUGGCCUAUUUGUCCGCUUUGGAAAGAGCAAUUUCCUUUUGAAAUGGCAAAGAAAUCCACUUCAUUUUCAUGAGUUCAUUUUUGUUGAUACAAUGAUUUGGUGUUUGGUUCACUAGCUAGAUCUUCAUAGGUGCUCUCAAAAGAGACUGAACAGAAGAAACAGUCAGCAAUAUGUGCACGUGAGUGACUGAGUAUGUCUGCGUAUAGAAAGAAGGUAUUGCCAAAAGGUGGAUCUUUGAUUAGACUAAGCAAUAAACCAGUGUGUGGAAUGAUUGUUCUAGUCUGAGUAAACCCUAGAUUUUUCCAGAUUGUGUGCACACCAGAGGUGGGUUUCAGCAGGUUCUGACCAGUUCUGGAGAACCGGUAGUGGAAAUUUUGAGUAGUUCGGAGAACUGGUAGUAAAAAUUCUGACUGGCCCCGCCCCCAUCUAUUCUCUGCCUCCCAAGUCUCAGCUGAUUGGGAGGAAAUGGGGAUUUUGCAGUAACCUUCCCCUGGAAUGGGGUGGGAAUGGAGAUUUUACAGUAUCCUUCCCCUGCCACGCCCACCAAGCCACGCCCACAGAAUGGGUAGUAAAAAUUUUUGAAACCCACAACUGGUGCACACUAUAUCUGAGCCUAUCAGUUGCUGCCAUUUGCAGACUUACCAGCUCUCCCUCUUGAGAAGAUACUUCACUGGAACUGGCAGAGUUCACUCUCCCUUGUUCUUAGUCCCAUGUAAAGAUUAGUAUGUUUGAAAAUGCCUGUUACAUCUCACGUGGCUGAAGGAGAUAAAUAAAUUAGGAAAAGGCAUCUGUGCCUUUUCACUCAAUCAUCUCUGUUUCCAAAAUAUAACCUUUUGUCAUUCAGCCCAAAGAUAAUGGCUUUGCAUGGGUUGCCCCACAAUUUAGGCACAAGCCUUCUUUAGGUUGUAUAAAAACUAUGAUAAAUUUCAGAGAAGUAUCCUGUUGCCCAGGUCUGCAUUUUGCACUGUUCAGAUUCAUAAUCUCUGGAUUGGAUACACAGAAGGGGCUAAAAUUGGCUUUCCUCAAUUUGGACAAGUGGAUUUCUCUUGCAGAAUUCCUCAAACAUCACAGUCAAGUUGGAGAAGACCAAGCUAAAGCAAUUCUCUCACAUUUAGUAACUAGAAUCUGAUAAUAUUUUUCCCAAGGUCUUAAACAGUUAAGCUUGCAUAAUUAAAGACUUAUACCAAAGAUGAAUAGAAUUGUCAACCAUAGCAGUUAAGAAGGCCAAAAAUUUAUCUAUUCAAUAUAUUAAAUCAUUUAUCUAGGAAUUUUAUUUUGGUUCUUUACUAGUAGAGCACAUCAAUCCUGCACUAUAUGUCAUAGUGCCAAAAUCCAACCAUGGACAAUCUGUUCCUAUAAGAAGCCAAGGUAGGCUAUUGAUUUGAUAGGUGUGUGUUUGCAUGUGUGCAUGUGUAUUUGGCUGAUCAGUGCUGUGGAGGAAAUGAAUGAAGUUUUUCUAUGAAGUUCAAACUAUCACACAGCUAUGGUGCUACUUUCAGAAGUAGGGAAUGUGAUGGCCAUUGCUCCAGACUCUCUACUCAACUUGAUAUUUAAAAAAAAAAAACCAUAACCCCCACCAUGGGAAGCCAUAUGCAAGAAUGCCUCAUAAUCUGAUAUGAACUUGAAGGUGCUCUUAGAAAAAAAUGGAUAAGGUGAGGAGGUGAAGAAUAUUCAGGAGGCUUAGUGGUAGUGGUAGUGGAAAGCCAUUUCCCCAGUCUUGUGUAUUGUUAAAUGGGUCUUUGGUGAUUGGCCAUCUCAUCUCUUGGCAGCCACUGUAUGAACAGGCAAACCUUCCUGCACGAUGACCAUUUGCUAACUAUGAUAUGGUUCAAAAUUACAAAGGUUCUCCUGGUCCUGGAAGGGUGGCCACCUCUGCUGCUUUAUUGAAUAGCGGAAAGGGGUCAUGCCCCUCUUUUCCAGGAAUGAUGCUUGUCAUUAGUCUUCAAUAGAUCCUUCAGUGGGGUAGUGUGUCCUGUCCUGUGCCCCCUCCCCCCAACUUGAUUGUUCUGUGGGAGAAUGGGAUGAAAUCCUGUGUCAAUUUCUUGCUGUGCCAUUGACUUUGGGUCUGCGGGCAGCCUUAAAUCAACUACCAUUCCUGCAAAAACAUCUAUGUGACCUCUUCUGGAAUGUUACCCUUAGUUUCUAACUGUGCCAAUCCUUUUGCCUCAGAUUAUGUAGAAUCUUCCCAGACUAAGGGUGAAA